CUCUCGCGCUCUCCCCAGCGAGCGCGCUCCCGGCCCGCGCGCUCCGGGCUCCGGUUUCUCCCGGCUCCUGUCAGUGCGGUGACUGCGCUGGGAAACAUGGCGACCGAGGGAAUGAUUCUCACGAACCACGACCAUCAAAUCCGCGUCGGAGUCCUGACAGUGAGUGAUAGUUGCUUCAGGAAUCUUGCGGAAGAUCGCAGUGGGAUAAACCUGAAAGAUCUCGUACAAGAUCCUUCUUUGUUGGGUGGGACUAUAUCAGCAUACAAGAUAGUACCAGACGAAAUAGAAGAAAUCAAGGAAACUCUGAUAGAUUGGUGUGAUGAAAAGGAACUUAAUUUGAUAUUAACAACUGGAGGAACAGGGUUUGCACCACGAGAUGUCACUCCAGAGGCCACAAAAGAAGUAAUAGAACGGGAAGCGCCAGGGAUGGCCCUGGCAAUGCUGAUGGGAUCACUUAAUGUUACACCUCUGGGCAUGCUCUCUAGACCUGUAUGUGGAAUCAGAGGGAAAACUCUCAUAAUUAACCUGCCAGGUAGCAAGAAAGGAUCUCAGGAAUGCUUUCAGUUCAUACUGCCAGCUCUACCUCAUGCCAUUGACCUUUUACGUGAUGCCAUUGUAAAAGUAAAGGAAGUACAUGAUGAACUUGAAGAUUUACCUUCCCCACCACCACCUCUCUCCCCUCCUCCCACAACUAGUCCCCAUAAACAAACAGAAGACAAAGGGGUUCAAUGUGAAGAAGAAGAAGAAGAGAAGAAAGAUAGUGGUGUUGCUUCAACAGAAGACAGUUCCUCGUCACAUAUAACUGCAGCAGCCAUUGCUGCCAAGAAGCAUCCAUUCUACACCAGUCCUGCUGUUAUCAUGGCACACGGUGAGCAGCCCAUCCCAGGUCUCAUCAAUUAUUCCCAUCAUGCAGCAUGCAGUGCAGAUGAACGGAUUCCAGACUCCAUCAUUUCUCGUGGUGUUCAGGUGCUCCCACGAGACACAGCCUCCCUCAGCACUACUCCUUCAGAAUCGCCUCGUGCUCAGGCUACAUCUCGCCUUUCUACAGCUUCCUGCCCAACACCAAAACAAAUUAGACGGCCGGAUGAAAGCAAAGGAGUUGCUAGUAGAGUUGGAUCCCUCAAACUCCAUCGAAAGCUGGAGGAGCUCAGAGAUCACCUAGAAGGCAAUGUGAAAGGAUACUCUCUCAGAGUAAAUGUCCAGUCCAGGUGCAGCAGCAAGGAGAACAUUCUCAGAGCCAGUCACAGUGCUGUCGAUAUCACCAAGGUGGCUAGAAGACACCGCAUGUCUCCUUUUCCUCUAACAUCUAUGGACAAAGCCUUCAUCACAGUCCUGGAGAUGACUCCGGUGCUUGGGACAGAAAUCAUCAAUUAUCGAGAUGGAAUGGGUCGAGUUCUAGCUCAAGACGUAUAUGCAAAAGACAACCUACCCCCAUUCCCAGCAUCAGUAAAAGAUGGCUAUGCUGUCCGAGCUGCCGAUGGACCAGGAGAUCGUUUCAUCAUUGGAGAAUCCCAAGCUGGUGAACAGCCAACUCAAACAGUAAUGCCUGGACAAGUCAUGAGGGUUACAACAGGUGCUCCAAUCCCCUGCGGUGCUGAUGCAGUAGUACAAGUGGAAGAUACCGAACUUAUCAGGGAAUCUGAUGAUGGUACUGAGGAACUUGAAGUGCGAAUUCUGGUGCAAGCUCGGCCAGGCCAAGAUAUCAGACCCAUCGGCCAUGACAUUAAAAGAGGAGAAUGUGUUUUGGCCAAAGGAACCCAUAUGGGCCCCUCAGAAAUUGGUCUUCUGGCAACUGUAGGUGUCACAGAGGUUGAAGUUAAUAAGUUUCCAGUGGUUGCAGUAAUGUCAACAGGAAAUGAGCUGCUAAAUCCUGAAGAUGACCUCUUACCAGGAAAAAUUCGAGACAGUAAUCGUUCAACCCUCUUAGCAACAAUUCAGGAACAUGGUUACCCCACAAUCAACCUGGGAAUUGUGGGAGACAACCCAGAUGACUUACUCAAUGCCUUGAAUGAGGGUAUCAGUCGUGCUGAUGUCAUCAUCACAUCAGGGGGUGUAUCCAUGGGGGAAAAGGACUAUCUCAAGCAGGUGCUGGACAUUGAUCUUCAUGCUCAGAUCCAUUUUGGCAGGGUUUUUAUGAAACCAGGCCUACCAACAACAUUUGCAACUUUGGAUAUUGAUGGUGUAAGAAAAAUAAUCUUUGCACUACCAGGGAAUCCUGUGUCAGCUGUGGUUACCUGCAAUCUCUUUGUUGUGCCUGCACUGAGAAAAAUGCAAGGCAUCUUGGAUCCUCGACCAACUAUCAUCAAAGCCAGGUUAUCAUGUGAUGUAAAACUGGAUCCUCGCCCAGAAUACCAUCGGUGUAUACUGACUUGGCAUCACCAAGAACCACUGCCUUGGGCACAAAGUACAGGUGACAUUUGAGCUCGCAUCUGAAGAAUGAAAAUAAGCACCAUGUGUUAAAUAUUGAAAGCAGAGAUUUCAGACAGAGGAAAGGGCAUCACAAAUAUAACAUCAGAAAGGAGACAGAAGUAUGAUGGGGUGGGGGAGGUGUUAGUGGGCCAGAGAUGUGGUUGGAGAGAGCUGAAGCCAGGCAAGAUGGAGCCAGAAAGUGCCCACAAGAGCCUUCUUGGAUAUAACAUUAAAUAUACACAUACUGUACUGUAAUAUAUGUUAAAUAUUCUAAGACUAUUGGGAAGCCACUGAAGGUUUUUUUCUUUGUUUUUUUAAAGGGAUUAUUUACUGAGUACCUCUUAAAUACAGGGCACCAUGCUAGAUAAGGGUUUCUGAAUAAGGAAUUCAUUCUCUCUACCUCCCACACCUCUUCCUCCGCCUGUAUUUUCUUUCCUACUUACUGGCACCACCGUUAAGCCAGUUUCCCAAACCACAAAUCUAUGAAUCAUUCUUUCUUCUCCCUCCCCAUCCAGUUAGUCACCAAAUUCUGUCAAGUUUACUAAUAUGUCUUCUCUUUUCUAUUUCCACUGCUACUGCCUUGGUCUCUGUCCCUCCAGAAUUUCCCUCCCCAAAUCCAACAUUCACUCUGCUACCAGAGUGAUCAGUUCAGAACACAAACCUUCCCUUUUAACUCUGUGGAAAAACUACAGCAGCAUAUGAGAUCCAAGUCCUCAGUUAGAGCAUUCAAACCCUCUAGAUCUACCUCCUCCCUCCUCUAAUUUCAUUAUUUCCCCUCCAUCUUUAUGUAACACCAGACUAUUUGCAGUCACCCUUCACACCAUGUCAUUAUAUGCCUCAGUUUCUUUGUUCAAGCUAAUCUUUCAAGAUUUAGCUUGGGGAUCAACUCUUCCAGGAAACCUUCCUUAAUUCCCCCAAAUUGGACUAAGUACCCUUCAUCUGUACCUCCAGUUAUCACUGCACCUUUCUAGGAUAAUCUGCUUACAUGAUGCCUCCUCCUCUUGAUGGUAAGUUCCUUAAGGGUGGAGAUUGUUAACCUUUAUAGCCCCAGCAUGGCCAGGUGCCCAGUAAAUAGUAAAUGACUCAUUACUAAACUAACAGAAUUAACCUUGUAUAUCACUUAUUGGGGAGCCAGACACUGAAUCUGGCUAGAAAAUUUCAUAUCCCAAACUUAGGACAUCCAGCAGUCAAGAUCCCCAGGCAGCCAGGAACAAGUGGGCAAAUUUCAU